UGUGACCUCCUUCACAACACACCCGGAUCUCAGCGCCGCGACAUAUCUUAUCUCAGAAAUUAUUACAGGGAGGUUUAAGAUCCUCUCGGACGUAGUUCACAGUCCUCCCCUGACUAUAUGGGAUAUGUCGGUUUAAUGGAAAUAAUGCGUUGGAAUUAGGAAGAUGAAGAAUGUUCAUUGAAAGGAGAGCUUGUUGAUCUCACGCCUGAUUCAGAGGCAAACCCCAAUCGAUCAUCUCUGUUUACUGAACGUCACUGCUGGACAAACAAAAGGGUUAUCUGCCCCUGACAGGCGACAAAUGUCCGCGGGACAGCCACGCCUUCACAGUGGAUGAAAUCGGCUUCAGUAGGAUUUCCUUUGGCUGGAUGAAGAUGGCCGAACUGAAGGCGAAAAUAGCAGAGCUGGUUCAGACCUACUUGUAUGAUGGGUGGCCUAUAUGACGCAUGUGUGACACUGUCUGCAGACCUACCUGCAGUGUGACACUGUCUGCAGACCUACUUGUGUGACACUGUCUGCAGACCUACUUGUAAAAUGGGUGGUCUAUAUGAUGCAUGCGUGACACUGUCUGCAGACCUACCUGCGUGACACUGUCUGCAGACCUACUUGUGUGACACUGUCUGCAGACCUAAUUGUGUGAAAAGUGGCUUAUGUGACGCAUGUGUGACACUGUCUGCAGACCUACCUGUGUGAAACUCUCUGCAGACCUACUUGUGUGAAACUGUCUACAGACCUAUGUGCGUGACAUUGUCUGCAAACCUACGUGUGAAACUGUCUGCAGACCUACGUGUGUGAAACUGUCUGCAGACCUACGUGUGUGACACUGUUAGCAGACCAUCUGGUGUGAAGGCUCCGCCAAUCAGAAGCAUGUGGCGACUGCCAAUGAUGCUUCGUCUUUGCCCCAUCAAGAGAGGACACAUUGGUACCUUGAUAGUCAUCUUCUCCCUGCAGUUCCUGGUGCUGCUGCCGCUAAUCUGCCACGACAUGCCCUUCUCUGUCUACUUCAAACUGACAACAGGGAGAACCGAAGCAUCCAAACAAGCUGUUUUACUGAACAGAGACAGGGUGAAAAGGGCCCGACGCUACAUAGAGAACACUUACACAGACAACCCUGGGUACUACGCGUCCAUGCUAGGAAACGGCAACCAGUUGUUCCUGGCUGUGGCCCUUCUGACAGUGAAGAGGACUGGAAGUGAUGAUGCCAACCUAACCAUGGAAUACCUUUUACAAUCUGCUGCAGCUCUAGACCAAUUCGCGAAAAGUGUGGAAUUUAUGGGCAGGACGUUUGUAUUUGUCUGUAACGUUGAUUUGAAACCUCUCUCGCACAAAGACGCUGUAGAUCUCAAGGAAUAUCUCCCAUUUACAGAGCGAUAUGGAUCUUCAAACUUCCACGCACGAGACUUUAAUGUCCCCAACAACAAUACACUCACCUAUAAACAAAUACUUCACAAAGAUGUGUACGAUAAAGAGACGUAUGACUAUACGUACUGCAUGCGAGUUGCCCAGUCCCUUGGAUCCAGGUAUAUAAUGAUGGUUGAAGAUGAUGCUGUCGCCCACAAAGACCUCGCCCCAGUGCUGCACUACACGCUAGAUAACCACUUUGGCUCAAAUGCAGAUCAGCAGCAAAAUAAGAGUUUCGCUUAUCUAAAACUGUACUACCCUCAGAGGUGGCAAGGCUUCGCGAAUGAGUCGACUCGUCUUCUUGACCUCUUAAGUAUUGGUUGUGUUGGUGGGGGCUGUUUUGUCUUCAUCCUGUACAUAUCUACAUUUGUGGUUCGGGGAAGAGUGAUGGUGAAACAGUAUGGGUGGUAUUUCCUCAUAGGGUUGGUCUUCACGAUGUUUACUGCCAUUGCAGUUGGCCGACAAAACGUCCUUGACCUGAGGAGAGUGUCAAAACACUUGUAUCAGUUCCGUCCCUCUCCGGGGUGCUGUACACAAGCCAUGCUUUACCCCGCCCACAUUGUGGGGGCCCUUGUGUCUCACAUGGCUACCGCAACUCCCGGCACCCACACCGACCUUACCAUCUACGACUUCACGCGGACCACGGGCAUUCCGGCGUUUCAGUUGGAGCCGAACUUGUUCUACCACGUGGGUAUGCACACGUCACUGAAGAUGGGUAACAAACGCCCAGAGGAGUUCCUGUUUCAUAUAUGAUGAGUGAGUGAAUUAGUAUAGUUUUACGCCGCAGUCAGCAAUAUUCCAGCUAAAUGGCAACGGUCUGUAAAUAAACAAGUCUGGACCAGAUAAUCAAGUCAUCAACAGCAU